GUCAGCUGAUUUACGGCAAUUGAGGCCGGUGUCAGCUGAUUUACUGCAGCAGCAGCAGCAAGCGGCGGUGGUUCCUUGCAACCAGGCAGGAGGGCGCCUGCGUCGGCGUGGGGUCCCUCGGGGUCGUCCACCCGGACUUGCCCGGCUGGUCCUCCUCGCGUCCGGCGCCUCCUUUGCCUCCUUUGCGGGGGCGCCCACGGCAUUUCCUACAGACAUGAUUAUCGCCUGAGGUGAAGAUUUGACAGGUUUGAAACCACCAUGGCAGGAAACAGCCUCGUCCUGCCCAUUGUUCUCUGGGGCCGCAAAGCACCCACGCAUUGUAUUUCAUCAAUACUGUUGACAGAUGAUGGGGGCACCAUUGUAACUGGAUGCCACGAUGGACAAAUAUGUCUCUGGGAUCUUUCAGUAGACCUGGAAGUUAAUCCCCGAGCACUGUUGUUUGGUCACACAGCAUCCAUCACUUGUUUGUCAAAAGCCUGUGCCUCUGGGGACAAACAGUACACUGUGAGUGCGUCUGCAAACGGAGAGAUGUGCCUAUGGGACGUGAAUGACGGCAGAUGUAUUGAAUUUACAAAGUUAGCCUGCACACACACUGGCAUACAGUUCUACCAAUUCUCUGUUGGGAAUCAGCAAGAAGGAAGGCUCCUCUGCCACGGACACUACCCUGAGGUCCUCGUUGUGGAUGCCACCAGCCUUGAGGUGCUGUACUCUUUGGUAUCAAAGAUCUCGCCAGACUGGAUCAGCUCCAUGAGCAUCAUCCGCUCUCACCGGACACAAGAGGACACUGUGGUAGCGCUCUCCGUGACGGGUAUUCUGAAGGUGUGGAUUGUUACCUCUGAAAUUAGCGGAAUGCAGGAUACUGAGCCAAUAUUUGAGGAGGAAUCCAAACCAAUUUAUUGUCAGAAUUGCCAAAGCAUCUCUUUUUGUGCAUUCACACAGAGGUCACUUUUGGUUGUAUGCUCCAAAUACUGGCGGGUGUUCGAUGCUGGCGACUACUCCCUGUUGUGUUCAGGUCCUAGUGAAAAUGGACAGACGUGGACUGGAGGGGACUUUGUGUCUGCAGACAAAGUCAUCAUUUGGACUGAAAAUGGGCAGAGUUACAUUUACAAACUUCCUGCCAGUUGCCUUCCAGCUAGUGAUUCAUUCCGCAGUGAUGUGGGGAAAGCGGUUGAAAAUUUGAUUCCUCCUGUGCAGCAUAGCCUCUUGGAUCAGAAAGAUAAAGAGUUGGUAAUUUGUCCUCCUGUUACUCGGUUUUUCUAUGGAUGCAAGGAAUAUUUGCAUAAGCUACUAAUUCAGGGCGAUUCUUCUGGAAGGUUAAACAUCUGGAACAUAGCAGACAUAGCAGAUAAACAGGAGGCUGAUGAAGGGCUAAAGAUGACAACUUGUAUUAGUUUGCAAGAGGCAUUUGACAAGCUGAAGCCUUGCCCUGCUGGGAUUAUCGAUCAGCUAAGUGUGAUUCCCAACAGCAAUGAACCUCUUAAAGUAACUGCGAGCGUCUACAUACCAGCACACGGGCGACUCGUCUGUGGCCGGGAAGAUGGAAGCAUCAUUAUUGUGCCUGCCACCCAGACGGCCAUAGUUCAGCUACUGCAAGGAGAGCACAUGCUCAGGAGAGGUUGGCCCCCUCAUAGAACCCUCCGUGGCCAUCGGAACAAAGUCACGUGUCUGCUGUAUCCUCAUCAGGUCUCAGCUCGGUAUGAUCAAAGAUACCUGAUAUCUGGAGGUGUGGAUUUUUCUGUCAUAAUUUGGGACAUAUUUUCCGGAGAAAUGAAACAUAUCUUCUGUGUUCAUGGUGGUGAGAUCACACAACUUCUCGUCCCACCAGAAAACUGUAGUGCAAGAGUUCAACAUUGCAUCUGUUCUGUAGCCAGUGACCACUCCGUGGGACUCCUAAGUCUGCGAGAGAAAAAAUGCAUCAUGCUGGCAUCUCGCCACCUCUUCCCUAUCCAGGUGAUCAAGUGGAGGCCUGCUGAUGACUACCUGGUGGUGGGCUGCACGGACGGCUCUGUGUAUGUCUGGCAGAUGGACACUGGUGCGCUGGAUCGCUGUGCAAUGGGAAUAACAGCAGUGGAGAUACUGAACGCUUGUGACGAAGCCGUUCCUGCGGCUGUAGACUCGCUCAGUCACCCAGCAGUCAACCUGAAGCAAGCCAUGACAAGACGGAGUCUCGCAGCCCUUAAAAAUAUGGCCCACCAUAAGCUGCAAACCCUUGCAACUAACCUUCUGGCUUCUGAGGCCUCUGACAAGGGGAAUUUACCUAAAUAUUCUCAUAACUCCCUGAUGGUUCAAGCAAUAAAGACAAACCUAACAGACCCGGAUAUCCAUGUGCUUUUCUUUGAUGUGGAAGCUUUGAUUAUUCAGCUCCUGACUGAAGAAGCCUCUAGGCCGAAUACCGCACUUAUUUCCCCAGAGAAUCUGCAGAAAGCAUCUGGCAGUUCAGACAAAGGGGGCUCUUUCCUAACUGGAAAGCGAGCGGCAGUUCUUUUCCAGCAAGUGAAGGAGACUAUCAAAGAGAACAUCAAGGAGCACCUCCUGGAUGAGGAUGAGGAUGAGGAGGAGGCGAUGAGGCAGAGGAGGGAGGAGAGUGACCCUGAGUACCGGGCCAGCAAGUCCAAGCCCCUGACCCUGCUAGAAUACAACCUCACGAUGGAUACUGCAAAACUAUUCAUGUCCUGUCUCCACGCCUGGGGCUUGAAUGAAGUUCUGGAUGAAGUUUGUCUCGAUCGCCUCGGAAUGCUGAAACCACACUGCACAGUGUCCUUUGGUCUCCUUUCAAGAGGAGGUCAUAUGUCCCUGAUGCUUCCUGGUUAUAAUCAGGCCGCUGGAAAACUACUGCACGCGAAAGCAGAAGUUGGAAGGAAGCUGCCAGCAACGGAGGGCGUAGGCAAGGGGACCUACACAGUGUCUCGAGCGGUCACCACUCAGCAUCUGUUGUCCAUCAUAUCCCUGGCUAAUACUUUAAUGAGUAUGACCAAUGCAACUUUCAUUGGAGAUCACAUGAAGAAGGGCCCCACCAGGCCGCCUAGACCAGGCACCCCAGACCUUUCAAAGGCAAGGGAUUCCCCUCCAGCCUCCAGUAACAUUGUGCAAGGACAGAUUAAACAAGCUGCGGCACCUGUUGUUUCUGCUCGAUCUGAUGCUGACCACUCUGGUUCUGCCUCUGCCUCUCCUGCUUUACAUACCUGUUUCUUAGUAAAUGAAGGCUGGAGCCAGCUAGCUGCCAUGCACUGUGUAAUGCUGCCUGAUCUGCUGGGGCUGGAUAAAUUUAGGCCUCCUCUUCUAGAGAUGCUAGCUCGAAGGUGGCAAGAUCGAUGCUUGGAGGUGAGAGAGGCUGCACAGGCUCUGCUUCUAGCAGAACUGAGAAGAAUUGAGCAGGCUGGACGGAAGGAGACUAUCGACACCUGGGCUCCUUACUUACCUCAAUAUAUGGACCAUGUCAUAUCACCUGGUGUCACUGCGGAAGCCAUGCAGACGAUGGCAGCUGCUCCAGAUGCCUCGGGGCCAGAAGCCAAAGUCCAGGAAGAAGAGCAUGACCUCGUGGAUGAUGACAUCACUACUGGCUGCUUGUCAAGUGUCCCACAAAUGAAAAAAAUCUCGACAUCUUAUGAAGAAAGAAGGAAGCAGGCAACAGCUAUUGUUCUCCUGGGAGUGAUAGGGGCAGAGUUUGGAGCUGAAAUUGAACCACCGAAGCUGCUGACCAGACCUCGAAGCUCCAGUCAAAUUCCUGAAGGCUUUGGCUUGACAAGUGGAGGCUCCAACUACUCACUGGCCAGACACACAUGCAAGGCACUGACGUUUCUUCUGCUACAGCCACCCAGUCCCAAACUUCCUCCUCAUAGCACCAUCCGGAGAACUGCCAUUGACCUGAUUGGGCGAGGGUUCACUGUAUGGGAGCCUUACAUGGACGUGUCCGCUGUCCUGAUGGGGCUGCUGGAGCUCUGUGCAGAUGCUGAGAAACAACUUGCUAACAUCACAAUGGGGCUGCCUCUGAGCCCUGCAGCUGACUCUGCCCGCUCCGCAAGGCACGCCCUUUCUCUCAUCGCCACAGCCAGACCACCCGCCUUCAUCACCACGAUAGCGAAGGAGGUACACAGACACACGGCCCUUGCAGCAAAUACCCAGUCGCAGCAGAGUAUACACACCACCACGCUGGCGAGGGCUAAGGGCGAAAUCCUGAGAGUCAUUGAAAUCCUCAUUGAAAAGAUGCCCACGGAUGUUGUGGAUCUUCUGGUGGAGGUGAUGGACGUCAUCAUGUACUGCCUGGAGGGCUCUUUAGUUAAGAAGAAGGGCCUUCAGGAAUGCUUCCCAGCCAUCUGCAGGUUCUACAUGGUCAGCUAUUAUGAGCGGAGCCACAGAAUCGCAGUUGGAGCACGCCAUGGCUCAGUAGCCCUGUAUGACAUCCGGACUGGAAAAUGUCAGACAAUCCACGGACACAAGGGACCAAUCACUGCAGUGUCCUUUGCUCCUGAUGGGCGUUAUCUUGCCACCUACUCAAACACCGACAGCCACAUUUCUUUCUGGCAGAUGAACACCUCCCUCCUAGGAAGCAUUGGCAUGCUGAAUUCAGCACCUCAGCUUCGCUGCAUCAAGACCUACCAGGUCCCUCCAGUGCAGCCUGCAUCCCCUGGCUCCCACAAUGCCCUCAAGUUGGCCCGGCUCAUCUGGACUUCCAACCGGAAUGUUAUCCUCAUGGCCCAUGAUGGGAAGGAACACCGCUUCAUGGUCUAACCCUGCUGUCCUGACUUUCAGUUGAUUCUGUAUUGUCUAGGCCGAUGUUGGUCUGUCCUUCCUCAUACUGGACUGUUGCUUGCUUCCUGCCCCCUCAGUGCCAUCCAGGGCCACGGCCGGUCUGUGGCAUUUGCUCAUGCUUCAUGGGGGCAGAUUCCACAUGGGCAGCCUAUGGAUGUGAAGGCACACACAUACCACUCAGCAGGGUGCGACUAUUCUGUUACUAGGUAGUUUUUCCCUGCCAGAGGUAGGAGGGGGCAGCCAUGGUUCCUGAAGAGGCUCGUGUUGCCUGAUGCAGCAGAAGCCUGAGAGCCAUUAGCCCGUAUGACUGCACUCCCAGCCCUAGAAACCCAGCUCUGUCAGACCUGGAUCCUGGCACGAUGUGGAGUCCUCAUUAUUGAAACGACUUCCCUUUAGGUUUCCCGAACAUGCUGUUGUUUACUAAAACUAUUCCAUGUUUACAUUAGUUUUUUUUUUCCCUGCUAGCAAUUGAUAGGCAGUUACUCAAUUCCAUUUCCAAGGAUUUAGCCACUACCUUCUCAGAACACCAAUUCUGAUUUGAGGCUAAUGAGAAAAUAAUAAACUACAUAUAUAUUAUUUCUUCUACAAAAGUUUUUGAGAUAGCUAGCUUUCUAAACGCUCAUUUCUGGUUCAAUGUUUGCAGAUUUCAUAGUUUAAAAUACAGAUCAUCAUUACUCACCAUGCAGUGACUAUAGCCAACCUUCUAAGGAAACUCAACAGAGAACCAAGUUUAGAAGCAAGCAUAUUUAUAGAGCGGAGCAUCAACCAUGUGUCACUAGCUUCUCCUGUUCAGAAAAGGCCUCCUCCUUUUGGGUUCUUCCCAGCGGACAGUUCUCAUGUGUACGACAAUGUCACAGUGGACUUUUCAGCCUGGCCUUCCAAAUUCUGACCAGUGAAAUAACAACUAAGAAAGCAUUUAAGUCAGCAUCCUAGAAAUCUCUUAAUUGUGUAGACACAUUGUUCAGAGUGUACAGAAAAUAUAAAGACUGUCAGUCUGUUAGAAUGGACACUAUGGUGAAAGUGUUCAUGCUUCAACCCAAGCUUCACUCCUCUUUCUUCUUGUGUCAAGUUAUGUUGGUCUAAUUGUGAUAGAAGAAAAAUCCAUAACAAUGUUUUAUAUGAGUUAUUCCUAAAUAUUUUGAUCUGUAUUAGUGCGGGUUGAUUUAUGUGUUGGUUGAUUGGUUAGUUAUACAAGAUUGUCUCUUAUAUACAAAAAUUGAAAAGGAGUUAUUGAAUUCAGAGAAAAUAUAUAAUAUUAACAGAGGAACUAAAAUGGUGAGAGCAUUUAGUCUUAAACUCAUAGGCCAUCAAAGUUUAUGUAAUAUGUAGAAAAGUAGGAUCAAAGUCCAUGAAUGAAUACAUAGUUUACAGUCCUUCAAAGAACAUGUGAAGAAGCUAAUGCCCUCCAUGUCUUUUGACUAGCAAUGUAUGUUAUUUUCAUUGAUGGCAACUCUAUACUGUCUCUUGGGUUUUGACGUUGGGUUCUUUCAAAAGUGAGUUUAUUUCACAUGCAUGUAUAUCGUAUUUAUAAUGAUUAUAUAUGUAGCUUCCAAGAAAGAAACCAAGAACUGUACAGUAUAGACUUUUGUGAACAUGCUAAUAUAUUUGAUGUAGAUGGAGAAAUGUCCAGCAGCCUCUAGAGUCUGCUGUCUGUUCAGCACAGAUUUACUUUAUGAACUUCAGAGGGAGAAGCUAAACCAGUUGGAAUGAUAAGCAAACACAGACUUUAGGGGGGUUUUGUUGUUUUUUGGUUUUUGGUUUUUUUUUUUUUUAAGCAAAAUGUUCCCUACAUUUUGAAAGAGAUCGGGGACUAGAGGUCAACAACAGAUGGUAUCACAUCAUAGAGAUGGGCACAAAGCAGUGAGGUCACAGGACAAAACUCUGGUCACGGGUCCAGGCCAGUCCUUCUAUGCCCUUUGUGUAUAUUCAGAAGAGCACAAGGACUCUAAAACCCUGUGCACAUAGAGCUUCAUGCUAGAAGAUUCCCUAACUGGCAGCGUACCAUUUGCAUUCUCAUUAACACAAUGCUCUCUUCGGCUGUUUUGACAACCAUAGUCUGCGGCUUCAUCUCAGCUUGGAUUCCUCAACACUGAGGCAGACUUUCUGUUGUCAUCCCAGUGCGCUUGUAGUGUUUUAUUGAUUUUGUUGACACAGCACUUGGACCUGUCCUUGUAAAUAUAAAGACAUAUGUGGCUUCACUGGUAAUUUACAAGCAAAAGGUGACAUGAUGUGACACCUGUAUGAAAAUGUUGUCAUGUUUGAAACUGCAUAUAGUGAAUGAGUUAAAAUGUCUUGUCUCCUAAAACAUUCUGGCUGACUCCACUUACUAGAUCCUAUAUGUGUUUAAAAUUGCUGUGUACAUACUUGUGUUAAAUAAAACUGAAGUGUACUGAA